GCGGAGCGAUCACCGAACCGGAAGUAGUAACAGCAGAAGAAGUCCCUCUCCUGAUCUGUUAUGUAGCUGUUGUGGAGUCGGUUAUCACACAUUUUUAACCUUCUUUCAUUGAUGUUGUGACUGAACAUGGCUUCUUUGAAAUCAGCGCUGGUUUAUUCCAGCAGGGUGCUAACGUCACUAAAAAAACAGACACAUGUCAUUUACAUCAAGAGGACUCUCAUCCUGCCCAGACUGCCACUCUUCAAACGUGCAGAAGGCAGGUUCGUUACUUUCGGGAAACAGUUGAGCUCAACAGCAGCCGGAGCGGAGAAAGGAGAGGACUCCUUCCUCAAAUGGUUCCUGCUGCUCAUUCCUGUAACCACCUUUGGCCUCGGGACAUGGCAGGUGAAACGGCGUCAGUGGAAAUUGCAGCUGAUUAAUGAGCUGACGAGACUCACAACUGCAGAACCCAUUCCUCUUCCACUGGACCCUCAUGAGCUGAAUACCCUGGAGUACAGACGUGUGAAAGUGCGUGGAAGCUACGACCACUCACAGGAACUGUACAUCCUGCCCCGCUCACCGGUCGACCCAGAGAAGGAGGCCAGAGAGGCAGGACGGCUGUCCUCCAGCGGAGAGACCGGUGCAAAUGUCAUCACUCCAUUCCACUGCACCGACCUCGGCAUCACAAUCCUGGUGAACAGAGGAUACGUUCCGAGGCAGAAGAUCAGACCAGAGACCAGGAUGAAGGGACAGGUGGAGGAUGAGAUGGAGGUGGUCGGGGUGGUUCGGCUGACGGAGAUCCGCAAACCAUUUGUACCAAACAACGACGUGGAGAGAAACCGCUGGCAUUACCGCGACCUGGAGGCCAUGGGUAGAGUCACUGGUGCUGAGCCCAUCUUCAUUGAUGCAGACUACGGGAGCACAAUUCCUGGUGGACCAGUCGGUGGACAGACCAGAGUCACACUGAGGAAUGAACACAUGCAGUACAUAAUAACAUGGUAUGGCUUGUGUGCAGCGACCUCCUACAUGUGGUAUGCAAAGUUCAUCAAGAAGAUUAGACUGUGAUACAGUUAUGCUUUACAGGCAAAUACUUUGUAAACAACCUUCUUGGAUGUGUGCCGCAUACACAUGCUGACAAAUAUGUAAAUAGUUGUGAAUUAUUCUCUGGAAAUUGUUGGAGAAUAAAUAUAAAUUAAAUUAG